ACAUUUCUCUCUCACAGCUGUUAGAACAAUAUAUUCUGAGAAGAAAAAAACAUUUGCAAAAAACGAUAAUCUAACCUCGCGUAAUAGAAUUUAGAGUGAUUUUUUUUUGCUGCUACAAAUUAUAAAAGAAAAUUUAUAGAAAAUAUAAAAUAAAUAUACAAAAAAUAAAAAACGACUAACGAAGUUUUUAAAAAAUAAUAAACGAAAUGAAACAAAAUUUGGAUAAACGUGAUAUACGACCUUUUAUUUAUGGUGGUUUGGCAUCAAUUACAGCAGAAUUUGGCACUUUUCCAAUUGAUACCACAAAAACCCGCCUCCAGAUUCAAGGUCAAAAAAUUGAUCAAGCAUUUGCACAACUGCGAUAUCGUGGCAUGACGGAUGCAUUUAUAAAAAUUACCAAAGAAGAGGGUCCGAGGGCAUUGUAUUCGGGAAUUUGGCCGGCAGUAUUAAGACAAGCCACUUAUGGCACUAUUAAAUUUGGCACCUACUACACACUUAAAAGUAUUGUAAGUGAACAUGGUCUUCUUAUCGAUCCCGAUACGGGGACAGAAAGAGUAUGGGGUAAUGUAUUGUGUGCAGCGGCCGCCGGAGCGAUAUCAUCGGCCAUAGCAAAUCCCACCGAUGUAUUGAAGGUACGCAUGCAAGUGCAUGGGAAGGGUACAAUGCAGAAAAGUGUUUGGUCCUGUUUUCAUGAUAUAUAUAAAUUAGAAGGUGUUAAGGGACUGUGGCGGGGAGUAGGUCCUACUGCCCAGAGAGCAGUAGUCAUAGCUUCGGUGGAAUUACCGGUUUAUGAUUUUUGUAAACUACAAUUAAUGGAAUAUUUUGGUGAUCAUAUGACCAAUCAUUUUAUCUCUAGUUUUAUAGCCAGUUUAGGCAGUGCUAUUGCCUCUACGCCUAUUGAUGUGAUACGUACCCGCCUUAUGAAUCAACGACAUGUUACGGUAGUUAAUGGAAUGGCUACCGCAGCAACAUCUACGAAAAUCUAUACGGGUAGUUUAGAUUGUGCCAUACAGACUGUACGAAAUGAGGGUUUAUUGGCUUUAUAUAAAGGUUUCAUACCCACUUGGGUGCGUAUGGGACCCUGGAAUGUUAUAUUCUUUAUGACAUAUGAGCAACUUAAGAAAUAUUAACAACAACAUUAAUUUGGCUCGGUUUUACGUUGUCUCUCAUGGCUGUUAGUUUUAAUAAAGAACAAACUAUAUACAUUUAGUACAAGCUAAAACAAAAA